AUGAGGGCAGACCCAGAGAUGAUCACCCAAGCCAGCUUUUUCCGCAUGAAGAUAAUGAGAACCAUCUUUGCUCAUCUCUUCUCGACAGCAAGCUUCGCUCUAGCAUUUCCUUCUACUCCAGACUACGCAGCGAACACUACAGAUAUUGCAUCCGGAUACAGAGUCAAGUUCUCGCACAAUUGCCCUACGACGACGCAGGUGUUUCCACAUUUCCUAGUGACCAACGGUACCAUCUGUGCGAAGCAAGACAACUUCGAUCAGUCCAGCAAACAGGGGGAAGUCCGUGAAUAUGAGCUAAAAUAUGGAUUGGAGCAUCAAUCCACUUGGACUUUUUGGAUUGACAACAAAGCCAAUAGCACUGGACCCAAUGCCAGAAGUUUGGUUGAGGUCACUUGUUUACUGUAUUCGAAUCAUUGCCAUAUAGACAUCAGUAAUCUUGAUGCGGUGAGUAAUGGUUUCAAGGUGGAAAUGGACGCAAAGACUUGUUCGACCGUCGGGCCGCCUACGAAGGUCAGUCCGACCUGUGAACCACUGGUUUGCAGCAUUCCUCCAGAUUGGACAUGUCCCGUUGAGAAUCGUUUCGGUCAGGAUUCCAGCAAAGGAUAUCCUCCCACCUACCUCGAUGCUGCCCAGAGCUGCUUGUCGAACUGUACCCUCUACCAAACAGACGAAGCCUGCUGUAGGAACGCAAACAACACCACGCAGACCUGCACAAACCAGAAUCCAGCACUACGAGAUAUGUGUGAGAAUGCAUACUCUUACGCUUUCGAUGACUCACGCGCUUCAUGCUUCCCUUAUGGUGGUCUGUCAUACGCGGAUCUCGUUCUCAUUCCAGGUACAACGCAGAGGCAGACACUCCUAAAGGGCUUCUCUUCGACAUCAUAUGUAUUCGAGCACGUCAAUCUGAACCCAUCGAGCAGGAUGCAUUCCGCGAAUGGUGACUUGAGUAGUGCACCACGUUAG